AUGAAGCCUCAACGGCAUGGGGAGGCUCUUUCGCGAACAGCAACGUCUUCCGAGCCGGCCAUGGAACAACUCAGUUUUGAGGGGCCACUUCAAUCUCGCAUCGUGUCGAAAAGGGAGUUUGCCUGCCCGUUCUGGAAGAUGAACAGAAUAACCCACGGGAAUUGCACCCAGCUCGCCCUGCCUAACCUGGACGACUUGGGGCAGCACCUGAAGAAGCAACACAGCCCUUUGCACUACUGCAGUAACUGUACCAAAUUUUUCGAAACCGAGAGGGAACUUAACGCCCAUUUCGAUGCAGUCGACAUCUGUGGCUGGAGCGGUGCUCGAUCGAAUUCGGCGGGAACAUCUUACGAACGACAUUGCCAACUUGCUGCCGAGAUUGGAGAUACUGGCAAGGUAUUUUCUGACGCGGAUCGAUGGUAUCGUAUAUGGGAUGCCUUGUUUCCUGGAUUUCAACCCCCACUGUCACCGUACUUUGACAUCAUCGAUAAGGCAGUAGUUGCCGGACCAAGCGCUUCGGCGACUCCUAAGCCGGAUGACCCCCACAAAAAGACGACGCUGAAGCCCCUUCUCACCAUCGGGGACGGACUCCAACUCGGCGGUAAUGAAUACCUCCCGAUGGAAAUCGACAGGUUUGGAGAGAACAAGGUGUUGCCGAAUGGCCAACUCUUGGGCGGACGUGAAUACAGUUGCCGGACAUUCCUGGUCCACAGCCGCGGCGAUACGCUUUUCAUGUUAGGGACCGAGUGUGCGAGAAAAUUGGGCUACCGUGACUCGUACCUAUUAUUCGACAAGAACAAGUCACUCUACAGGAUUUAUGCCAACCAGCCUGAGAAAGACGAUCUUGUUUCCCAAGAGAUAAUACCGUUUUCUUACCGCUCUCGGCAGAUUGCCAUUGUAACGGCACGAUCCAUGUUUCGUCAGUUUGGUAGUCGAAUCAUUGCUGGAGGCCGAAGAGUCCGGGACGACUAUUGGGAGACGAAGGCGCGUAAACAAGGGUUUACAGAAGCCGACCUCGCUGGCGAAAAGCGUCCUGGAGCUGCGAAGGCAAGGGAAGCCGCAACUGAAGCACAACGUCAUGUCAUUUUGAAAAGCCCUCACGGAGAGGUCGUCUACAGCAAAAAUGCCAGCCAGUUCCCUCAGCCUCAGAUCGUCCAACCAGGCGUGCUUGGAGCGCCAACCGGGACCAAGAUCAGAAUGCCCGUGAUUACACUAGCAUCAGAGCUUAGUGAUAACCGCCCUCGUGAUAAUAGUGAAGUCUUCAAAGGCGGUCCUCGCUCGGACCAGACGCGCCGCAUUAAGCUUAGAAAAGUUGGUGAGUCGCUAUCGACAGACAUCAGUCCAGGCACUGCAAACCAAACAGAAGUGACCCAACCAAAACUCAGAACAAUUCAGAGCAUGUCAAGGUUGCGUGUUGAGAAUAUAAGUCAUGGGACGACGGCAGAGGACCUGAAGGAGUUAUUCAGCAGGGUUGGUUCUGUCCAGCAGGUUAAACUGAACAACAACGCUGGUCAGUCUGAGGGCAUUGCCUUCGUCACAAUGCUUUUCCAAAGAGACGCUCAAGCGGCAAUCAAAGAGUUUCAUGGUGUUACCUACAAUGGUCAACCUCUUAGGGUGUCGCUCGCACCGCUAAUAUCAGCAAGCAUCGGAACCGCUCCCGAAAGACAGCAUUCAGUAGUUACAGGGAGCCUGCAAGGCGGCAGAUACAAAAGAAAGCAAACAGAGAUCCCGGAAAAUGCUACCUUCGCCUGUCCCUACUUUAAGAGAUGGCCAGUCAAGCACCAGUCUUGUAUGCAUCAGUCUCAAAAGGCAACAAGAUAUGUAAAGACUCAUCUUUUAAGAAAGCAUCUACAACCAUCACAUUGUCCCACAUGUUAUAAGACAUUUAGGACUGGUGCUGACGCAAUCAAUCACAUCAUUGCAAGGCGUUGUCUCAUGUCAUCUGGGCCCUCUCCGUACAAGGAUCUCAUCUCAGACGACACGAAACUUGCCCUCAAUAACCUUUCACUCCGUGGUGUUGACGAAGUUGAGAAAUGGUAUCGAAUGUGGGACGUUUUGUUCCCUGGUGUACCAAGACCAGGUUCGCCAUUCGUAGUCGGCGAUGAGCAUGUGCAGGAUGCUAAUGGUGAAAAACCAACCCAAAACGAUCUCCCAAACGUAGCUCAGGCCCAGCAGAUGCUCAUCACUAACGGCAUUAACCCGGCAGCAUUGACACAACAACAAUUCACACUUUUCGCAAGUCAACCCCCUCAUAUCCAAGCAAAGUCAAUCGCUACAUAUGCUGCAAAUCUUCAACAGCACAUGGCUGGCCAGGCGUCUAACAGACCAAUGCCUAACCCGUCUGUCCCUAAGAAUCAGGGACUCCCAAUGAUGGCGCAAGGACAAGACCAGGCUGGGUCGACAUCAUACUAUAACGCUGGAGAAAUACCAAUAUUGCAGUCAAAUGAUGCCCAAACAGCAUUAUUCACUGAUUCUGGAUACGCAUCGUUACCAAAGCCCGAAAGGCGCCCAAAAACCAGUUCUCAAACAGGGGGGAAAUGGAGUGAUCCUCUCCAGAAUAAUUCAAUUGUCGAAGAAGACGAUACAAUGACUUCAUAUUCAGCAGCAAGCACGGUUGCUCAAGUACGCUCUCAGCAGUAUAUUCAGGACCUGUCACAAGGCAUCUUCAGAAAACUGGGAGGAUUUCUCGAUCCAGAGAACGGGCUGCAUAUUAUCAAAGCACUUCCAGAGGUUGUGAAGGCCUUUGCAAUUCGGAUUGGACUGGAGGCGGACACACCAGAGAACAAAGAUAUCAUGUUUUUUGUUCAUAUGCAUCGACAGCAAAUUGCUAACCAACUCGAGUCAAUCUUCUCGGAAACGUUUGAGAAGACAGAUAUUCCUAAAAAUGAAAAAUGUGCCCAGAAAGGAAUGUCUAUUCUUGAGAAAAUGAGUAUAUGGAACAGCAAAGUAGAAGAGGAUCAUUCUCCAGCUGAAGAGGACCUUUUCGAAGGGGUGGAAGACGAGGGCGACACUCAGGUCUACCCAAUAGAGCUUGGAAACUACGAUAAAAUUGUCUUCCAAAGCAAUGCUUUCGAUUGGCUCAUGUCUGAUUUACGGAAGUCCUCACUUUUAGAAGGAGGCGACUCGGACGACUUUAACGCGAUUGCAACCAAUCGAAACUGUGUGCUUCAAAGCCUACCAACGGGCAAAAUAAGCAGAAAUCGAGCGCCCCAAACAUAUUCAGCCAUAUUCAGGCUUACCGAAUGGCCUGAAGCUGACCUAAAGCGAGCUGCAUUCGACGCCAAUGUCGUUACCUGCUCGUCUGGUGAAGCUCAAGUAACCUCGAUCAGGAACUACAUGGAGCAAACCUGGGCUUCAACAGGGCCGCAUAUUUUGAAACUGUUUGAAGCUAUUAUCGAAAACAAUCAGAACUUUCAAUCCGGAUUACAAUAUACAGAUUUUCGUCUAAAAUCCCCCUCAAUUCAAAUAGCCGUACUACCAGACAAUACAGUGGUCACGGCGGCCCCCGGCAAUUCGGACAAGAGUCUGGCUUUGACUAUUACAGGGCCAGCAUGUACCAUCGCCGAGUGUGGGGAACAACUUGCUUGGCUUCAAUCUGCAGUUGGCUGUCUGCUUCAAGACAUAGGCAAGAGCUACACGCCGUCGAUUGAGCGCGUGGCAUCUCCACGAGCCUCAACAAUGCCAAUAUCGUUUGACGUGUUAGCCCAUGAAUUUCAAACCGAAUCAGUCGAUAGCAGCCGGUGGAAGAACAUGUUAGCAAAGAGAUUUGUUCUCAUUCACGGUUAUCCUAUCCUUAGACGACCAUGCGGGUUUCCUGGGCUGCAGGCUCCUCUAAGCGUCCUUAAGGAGUUGUCAGGAGCAAGCUCAAGUACAAUCCAAGGGGGCCAGGUUCUGAUCCAAGGGCCCUACAAGACCCUGAAACUGUUCAAAAACAAGGAUGAGUUUUACUUUUGGCUUGAUGUUUCUGUCACCGACAGACUCUGUAAGUGCCUUGGCGAAAACGCUUCACAGCCUGUCGACAUCUCAGGAUUCGAACGCACGGCGGCACGUCACAUCGUAUGGACUUGUGACUGCAGGGAAGAAUGUAUUCGGGACAGUGUCUGUGCCGAAAACACUCGUUCAUGCAACGAGGCAUCAUUUCGAAGUACGGCGUCUCGCAGCACAGAACACUCAAGUUCUUCUUUAGAUUCCGACCUACUCUCGAUGUCCGAUUCUUCAGAGUCUCUGGACGAGAGCGACCCAACGCAUCAGAUUGCGAGCCUUGUGGUAUCCGACCUAGUUGCUAAUUUCCGGUCCGCGGCUGGUGGGAGUUCCUCCGGUAAUAAUGGCUACGCGCCAAUAGCUCCAUCACUAUCUUGUAGAAUCACCACCGCCCCAACGCCAAAUCGACUCUCGAAGGGGAAAAAACGGGCUCGAGAUGAUGAUGAAGGCGAAAACGACGGCCCACCUCAACAACCGCCCUCCAAAGUCAUGAAACUAGUUCCGCAUAAAUACUUCGCUUGCCCUUUCUGGAAGUUGAGGCCAAGCAGGCAUUCUCAGUGCAUCAAGCUGAAAAUGUCACGAAUCAGAGAUGUCAAACAACACCUAAAGAGAAAGCACACGCCCGAUCAUUACUGUGGACGCUGCCUACUGAUUUUUGACGAUGACUCCAUUCUUCGCCAGCACAUGUCACAGCCAGCAGGGUUUGUUUGCCAAGCCGCGUCGCCAGGCACAAAGCUGGAUGGAAUUUCACCCGGUGAAAGCAAAAAGCUUUCUGGAAAAUCCAAACAUGAGCAUACCUUGGAGCAGCAGUGGUUUGCAAUUUGGGCCGUUAUUUUUCCCGAACACAUACCACCUAACUCUGUUUACAUGGAAGCCAGACUUAUUCAGCAUGUCUCUGAAGUUCGACAGCAUUUCCAGCAACUUGGAGCAUCUUUGCUUGUAGAGAGGCUUCGAACAGCAGACCUAUGGGGACAGCCUGAGAUAACGACAUCGAGACGAGAACAACUGCUUCAGAUGAUUGUAUCGAGGGCGUUGGACGAUAUUUGUGACCAACUGAGCCCAGACUCUUCCUCCGAUUCUGGAAUAGCGAGUUCAGGAUCGGGUCGGCAAACGGGAAGCUACCCCUCUGCACUCAAUGGAACACCUGCGUCUUUUACCGAUAGCGGCGUUGGAUCUGGAAGCCAUGGCAUUAACCCUCGUUCUUUUGCUAUUCCAUCUACUGCGUCAGAAAGUGUUUCAUACACAGCAUACUCAACCGGACAGACGCUUGAGGAGCCAUGGCGAAAUGCCACAAAUACGGGAGGACAAAUCAGGCAUGAAACCCAACCCAACACUGCGGAAUAUCUAUUACCAAGCCAGCAGGGGCCCUUUGGGGGAAAUCUUCUUGGUAAUGGAUAUCAGUUGGAUAAUAUUCCGGAAGACAACGGACUUGAAGUGUUUGGAUUAUCUCCAAAUGCGGAAAUCCCUGCUUUCGACCUACCAACAACAGGAUACCAGCCGGACACUACUGAUUAUAAUGGUGGGUAUAACUUGUAA